CAACAGCUGACUGAGAGAUAGAGAGAGAGAGAGAAAGAGAGAGAGACCGAGCGCGCGUAAAGUACCCACCGCAAACUGACCACCACAACCUUACUACCACACCCAGAGACCACAAACUCCACCAAAACACUCAUUAAACACCAGAGAACAAACGUCAAUGAAGAAAUAGCGCGUGAGUGGCCUGGGCGCACCGUAGCAACCAUGUCCGAGUUGGCGUCACCCCGGUCGCCUGCUUCUGGGGACUUCGCGCACGAGGACUACGACUACGACGACGACAACGACGCUGAUUUUGAGGACUCCAGGGACUACGAGGACCGGGAGAGUGAAGAUGCAGACACAGACUUGGGCAGUGAAGGGGAGCCGAGGGGGAAGGAGGAGUACGCCGGCAUCAAGGAACAAAUGUACCAGGAUAAGUUAGCCCAGCUCAAGAAACAGUUGCAGCAGCUCCGUGACAACUCCCACCCAGAGUACAACAAGAAGCUCAAGAAGAUUGAUGCUGCCUACAAGGAAAGACUUCGCCUCAACGACCUGUGGAGGGACAUUGAGACGGAGUGGGUGGAGCGUGACUAUGCGGCGGAGAAGAGACUGGCGGCGCGGGAGUUCGAGGAGAAGAAGAAGGAGCUGAAGGAGAACUUGCUGAUCGAACUGGAGGAGAAGAAGAAGAUCAUUGAACAGGAGAGGUACACGCUGGAGCUGACCGGAGACUCCAUGGAGGUAGGCGGAGACCAUUACAAGCCAGUGUCGACCCGUAAGCUCCGCCGGCGAGGCAACGAACCAGCUCCAAUUAUUGAGAAACGCCGUAAGCCUGUCUCCACCACGCUGCAACUCCUACUUGACGAGAGGGACGUGGAUGAUGACCUGAAGCUGAUCAACAAGAGUAAACUGCUCAACAUGAAGAAGACCACCACCCCAGUGACCCCCACCGAGACUCUCUCCAAUGAGCCCAAGAUCGAGAAUGGGAAGCUCUAUUUUGACAAGAAGUGGUUCCACAAGGGCCAGGCGGUGAUGAUUGAGUGCAAGGACGGAACGCGCUUCAACGCCAUCCUUACUGUGGCCAGCGGGGACAUGAUCAUGGUUAAGAAGGUUCCCGACAGCAUCCGGCUCAAGAUCACCCUCGCCCAGUUGGCCCACGGGAAGUACUUAGUCCGGAGGCGCAGUGCAGCGUGACCAUCCCCGCCCAGCCCUCCCUCCCCCUGCCCUCCCCUGGUCCCCCCCAUCCACAGACCCCAAAGAAACCUGUAGCUAUGGGGUCGUCUGGUGUUGUGGUCUACCUACUUGGACUCGUGUUGUUUUGGGUGUGAAGUGGUGAUGAUGGUGGUGGUGAGGCACUGGAGAUGAUGGUGAUGGUAGAGGUGAUUUUGGUGGUGAUGAAAAGGGUGAUGGUGAUGAUUGUGAUGAAAGCAGCGGAGUUUAAGAUGGUGAUGAUGGAGGUAAAAAUGGCAUUGGUGAUGAAGAUGGUGAGUUUGUGGAGUUGAAAAAAGGAACAAUGACAAAAAUACUGGAGUUGAAGGUGGUGGUAGUGAAGCUGAAGAUGAAGGCAGUGAUGGUGGUGCAGGUGGUGUUGUUAGUGGUGGUGGUGGUGGUGUUGGGGGGACUACCACAAACACACUCAACCCAAACAGCUGGUUCAUGACACAAGAUGAGCAUUUGGCGACCCAUGACGGAAAUGUGCCAACAGACAGACAGAUAGACAGAAAGACAGUAUUUUCCAUGGUUUGUUGAUACAGGAGACCCUUUUCCUUGUGUGUGUGUGUGUGUGUGUGUGUGUGUGUGUGUGUGUGUGGAGAGAUUGCCCUUCCUUCAUCUCCUUCCUCCCCUCCCUUUCCUCCUCUUCCUCCUUCCUCCCUUUCUCUCUCCUCUUCUCUUUCCCUCCCUUUCCUCCCCUUCUUCUUUCAUUUCUUAUCUUCCUUCUUCAUCAGCCCUCUUCUCCCUUCCAUGGUGGGUGACAAACAACUCUAUUUCUUUAUCUCUAUUUCUUCAUCCUUUCACCUACCCUGUUGCUCUGUCCGUCCAUUUCUAUAAUCUUCUCUAUCUUCUCCUUCUCUUGCAAUGCUCUCACUUUCCCUUCCUCCUUGGCAUCUCAGCUGUUGGGGGAUUCUUAACAGGGAGGUUACAGUGUCCGAACUCCUUUCUCUCUACCUGUUUUGUCUCCUAUGAUAAUAAUAAAAAGAAAUCCUUAACCCAGUAGCAGCAGGGAUCAUGUUUCUUAAUGGUCCCUCUAAGCGAGAAAAAUGAGAAAAAAAUCACCCCUCACACAAACCAUUUCAUAAUACAUAUCAAAGGAUUUGUGAUCAGGUUAUGUAUCAUCUGUUUUUGGGGGGUUUAUAUCAUGGCACAAAUUUGACCCGUCGCUGCUACACGGUAAAGCCACAAAUUUGGCCCGUCGCUGCUACACGGUAAAGCCACAAAUUUGGCCCGUCGCUGCUACCGGGUUAAAGUGAAUGGUCUGCUGUACUAUGAAGACUGUCCUGCCUCACCCUUAUACAUGGUAGUCUUUGGUACCAUUUCUGUUUUGUUCUUGGUGUGAAUGAGUUGCCGAUGAGCCUGACAAAGGACGUGCAGAGAAUAUAGUAGUUUUAGAAAUUUGUUACGCUGAAAAAUGACAACUUGGAACAAAUUAAUAAAGAUUCAUGUUCUUAUUAAAA